AAAAUCAAGACAGGAGGGUUUUCAUUUUCAAUGCUUUCUCCACCGAAGACAAUCAUUUUCUUUUCUCUGCGUCUCUGAGGCCUGUCUGAACUCUGCAGGGGAGCUUCGCAACUCGCUCUCGCGGCGUCGCAGAAGGAUUGGGGUCCUUGCACUUCCGUUUUAUUCAAUGGAUGAGCGGCCAUCCGUGGUUGAGGAUGGGGAUGCGAUAGAGUGUUCAAGUGGAAAAGAUGCACCAAAUGAAGAGAGUUCUGAUAUGGAGCCAAGUGUCGGUAUGGAGUUUGAAUCUGAGGAAGCUGCAAAAGUUUUUUAUGACACUUAUGCCACACACAUGGGUUUCAUCAUGCGCGUUGAUGCGUUUCGAAGAUCAAUGCGUGAUGGGAAGGUUGUCUGGCGUCGGCUUGUCUGUAAUAAAGAAGGCUUCCGAAAGUCAAGGCCUCGGAGAAGUGAAAAUAGAAAGCCAAGAGCUAUCACGAGAGAAGGCUGUAAGGCAAUGAUUGUGGUCAAGAAAGACAAAACUGGAAAAUGGGUAGUCACGAAAUUCAUAAAGGAGCAUAACCAUCCAUUGAUAGCUGCUCCAGCAAAUAGCCAUCGGAGUGUUCUUCUCUCUCAAAAACCAGAUGAGAAAGAUGUUAAAAUUCGGGAGUUGACUGCUGAGCUACAGCGUGAGCGGAAGAGAUCUGCCGCUUAUCUGGAGCAACUCGAAAUGGUUUUGCGAGACAUGGAAGAGCAUUCGGGCCGCCUAUCAAAAAGCAUCGAAGUCAUAGUUAAAAGUGUGAGAGAAAUUGACUCAAGGAGAGCUCCUGUCAGUAGUAGCCAAUAGUCACAACUCGUGUCUCUUGUAACUGAACUAAUCUUGUUCAUGCCUUUUUCCCCUUAGGUUGCAAACUAACUGCAGGAUGAGUUGAAUCUUGUAAAAAUAGGGGAAUUAGUUAAUAGUAAGGCUAACGUAGCUGAUUUAGAAAAUGGAAGGGCUAUAGUCAGCUUGAUUGAUUGUGCUUGUUA